AUGGCCAUCAUCAACGGGAUAGAAGUGUUUAUAAAGCUUUCUAAUUUUCAGCGUCUUCUUCUGGAAUUUCCAAACAUUCUCUCUCUACCUAACUGCUCUCCCGUGGACUGGGCUGUCGACUGCAAAACUACUAGUCACUACAUCUACGGAGCUCAAGAGCAACCAUUUGAAAUCUUCAUACGCAUUAGUGAAGAAGAGCCACGGCUCGGAGGCGCAGAUGGCAUCCACAUUUCGCUGAAACUUGGGAGCGGAGAUAUAGUGGACCAUUUUUACUCUAUCAAAUUCUCGGAUUUCCACCGGGAUGAAGAUGGCAUGUUGUGUGCCUCCGUCCCCAGCGCCGCCUAUAUGACCGAGCAUGGAUUUAGGAAUGUUUUGUUCCUGUUUGGCGUUACGGAUAGCGCCUACACUUCCGAAUCGGCUGAACAAGAGGGGUCUCUAGAAGGAGUUAUUGACGUGACUAUCAUAAAGGUCACUCACCACACUCUGCUGCGUCGACACGCCACCGUCACCUCCGGCCAGCUACCCUCUCGUUCCCCACAGUCCCCAGCCAAAGAGUCCUCCGUUUGUGCAUUCCUCGCCACAUCUCGAGACUAUCUGCCACCCAGCCCCAUUUGGGAUGCUCAGUAA